CGUUACCCCCAUUUUACUGAAUUACAUAAUACAGCCUCCCUUCCCCACAUUCUUUCCAUCAUUGGAAUGCUCUUCAUUUCUAAAUAAUAAUGCUCAAUUCCCAGAUGGUCUUCUCUUCUUUCCUCCUUUGGCUUCUUCUUCUUAUCUUCUCUGUAUUUACUUCCCACUAUGUUAUGGCGGAUAACUUCUUUACAGGAACAUAUGGAGUGAACUAUGGAAGGAUAGCAGAUAAUCUGCCUUCACCUCACAGUGUGGUGACACUUUUAAAAGCUGCGAAGAUCAAGAACAUCAGAAUUUAUGAUGCUGACCAUAGUGUCCUCACGGCCUUCAAAGGGUCUGGGAUUGAGAUUGUGAUUGGACUUCCCAAUGAGUUGUUGACAGGAAUCAGUGUAGGGGAAGAUCAAGCCAUGACUUGGAUCAAAGAGAACGUUCAGCCAUUUCUUCCCGGAACUAAAAUCCGAGGAAUUGCAGUGGGAAAUGAAAUCCUUGGAGGCACAGAUUUGCAGCUAUGGGAAGUUCUUCUUCCUGCAGCAAAGAAUGUCUACAGUGCCCUUGAUAGGCUUGAUUUAGCUGAUGACAUUCAGGUUUCAAGUCCACAUUCUGAGGCUGUUUUUGCCAAUUCAUACCCUCCAUCAUCCUGCACUUUCAGAGAAGACAUUGUCCCAUUCAUGAAACCUCUCUUGCAGUUCUUCUCACAGAUUGGCUCUCCUUUCUUCAUAAACGCAUACCCUUUUCUGGCCUAUAAGAAUGACCCUGAACAUAUUGACAUUAACUAUGCUCUUUUCAAGAAAAGCCCCGGGAUUUAUGAUGCAAAGACAAAACUGCAUUAUGAUAACAUGUUUGACGCUAUGGUUGAUGCAGCCUAUGCUGCUUUGGAGAAGGCCGGGUUUGAGAAAAUGGAGGUUAUUGUGUCUGAGACUGGGUGGGCUUCUCGUGGGGAUGCAAAUGAAGCCGGAGCCACGGUGGAGAAUGCCAGGACUUAUAAUUAUCAUUUGAGGAAGCGGCUUCUGAAGAAGAAGGGAACUCCUUACAGGCCUAAGAUCAAGGCAAGGGCUUAUGUGUUUGCUUUGUUUAAUGAGAACUUGAAGCCUGGUCCAACCUCAGAGAGAAACUUCGGAUUGUUUAAGGCUGAUGGAAGCAUUGCCUAUAACAUUGGCUUCACUGGCCUUAAGGCUUCUUCAGCAACCUCUUCUCUCCUUUCCUUCAAGGGAAUUGGGUGUUCAUACAUGUUGGCUAUCACAACUAGUGUUGCUUUUCUUCUUUUAACGUUAUGAUCAUGAUCGGUCAGAGAUGAUUGAA